CAUGACUUUAGCUAUCGAGUCUUAUAGAGCUCUAUACAACUCUAUAGCUAUCAAGAAGAUGGGAAUGAGAAGGUCAAACACUAGAAGGAGAAACGAGAUUCCUUUAGGAGUGCAAAACCAAAUGAUCCAAACUAUCAGAAAGCGAGAGAUACACAAUAAGAUAAAAGCAUUUAGUCCAGAAGUUAUUAGAAAGAUCAGGCCAUCAAGUCCUCGAUUUCAAAUUCAAUUCAACUCUACUGUAUCUACAAUUCAUCAGGAGACUGACUCUGAAAAGGCUCAGAGGCGCAAAAAAGUAAAUGAAGGAUAUCAAAAUUUCAUCUUAAAAGUACGCAACAAGCUGUCCAAUUUUAAAAGAGGACGUUUCUUGUCCCCAAAUAUGCUCAGAAACAAAGCAAACCUCAUCAUAAACUGCAAGCUCACUCACAAAACCCAACAAAAAGGAGCUACAAGAAUUGGUGAUUCUAAAAAAAGAUAUACUGAUAAGCUUCCAAUUCUCAACAACGUGACAACUUCUGAAUCUAAAUGCUUUAAUCUCUAAUUAAU